AGAGUCCACCCGGGUAGGGAAUCUGAACGUACCCUAGAAUAAAGGCAUGAUGCAUAUCAGUGUACAAAUUAUUUAUGGUUUAAUCAACUGAUUCGAUCUUUUGGCGGAAAAUAAAGCAAAGAAUUAAUUACGUUUAUAACUGAAGUUUUUAAUAUCCAGAAUAUUAACGGAAAAGAAGAAAUUUUCGCACUAUGGAUAAAAGAAAAUUUAUGUUCAAAAGUUUACACAAGAACUUGCAACUAGAGAAACAAUCAUCAGAAAGGAUUAAUUCUGGUACUAGUAGUAAACAAAUAGAUCUUAAUACAAUGGAAGAUGGGAAUCAUUCUUUUAAUGAUGGACAAUUGUCGAAUAUUGAAUCAUCAGUAUUAAAUCGAUCACUAAUAGGAAGUAAUUCUGCUGAAAAUAAUAAAAAGGGCUCUUUUAAAAACGAAGAAGAUUUAUUGGAAAGAAACAGUUUAAUUGUUACAUGUAAACUACCAAAAAAUCGAACAUUAAUUUCCACAAAUAAUCUAACAUUAGCAAGAGAUAUAUCUUGUACAAGUCAACAAAGCAGUAAUCAAAAUGAGAUAUUAGUAAUUAACAAACCUUUGACAGCUGAUCUUUCUGUGAAAGAGAAACCAAUAUCACAGAAACGUAAAAAAAGUUCUAGUACUACAGAUUCUGAUAGUGAUCUUGAAUCUUUAUCUAACAAAUAUAUAAAGAAGAAAAAGUAUGAUGAAGUCAAUACAAAGAAACAAUAUACUGGUCAAAAUAAUAAUACCAAUAGUUCAAAUAAGAAGUCGUCUUUUUUGAAUCAUGCAUCAUCUAGUAAACCAAUGAUAGUACCUAAUAUUCUUCAGGAAGAAUUACAGGAUAAACCAUCUAUUCUUGUUAACUUUUUAAAGAAAUGUGGGAUUAUGUUGUCAACUGAUGGUAUAUGUAUUCUUAAUGUAUCUCCAUCCAUUGCCAAACAGAAAAUGAAAACAAUAUUAAAUUCAAAACGAUUUAAAAAAAAAGAUAUAAUUGAUUCCAUAGAGGAAUAUGUUCAAAAUAAAUGUUUUUUAAAUAUAUUGAAUAACAUUGAAAUAUCCAUUGAUAAUAGAGAUUUUACUGUUGUAAGUAGUGUAUCUCUUGCAAGAAUAUUAUUGGAAGCUACAGAAAUUCAAACAGAUAUAUACAAUAUCUUCAUAUCUAAACUCAAUGAAUCUGUUCUAUGUGUGAAUACACCAGAGAAAAUACCUUGGGCUGUUUCAGUAUUACAUCAGUUUCGUUUUUUGGAUACUAUAGUCAAUGUUGAUAUAUUAACUGCAAACAUAGAACAACUACUAGAGACAUGCCCAAUGUGGUUUCAACAUGAACUCAUCUUAUUUUUGCCUGAUAUUUUAUUAGAUAGUCAACAUCAAAGCAUAGCUGAAGUUCUAACAAAAAUAAUGGAGGAAAAUUCUGAAUUAACAAAUGUAAUUUUAAAUUGUAUCACAAGUUUUAAUCUUAACAAAGAAUACUUAAUGGAAUAUAAAAUUAAAGUAUUAAAUUUAUUGAAAAUAAAUAUAAAGUUACAACUUAUACCAUCUAUUAUCAGAUUCCUUCUUAAUGACUAUGUGUCACCAGAUAUUGUCAAGCAAAUGUUACUUAUACUACGUGACAUAGAAAUGCAGCCUCUUGCUGGUGAUAAAGUAGAUGAUUUUUACAAAAAUCAAGUACAGAUUAUUAAAUCAUUAAAGAUGUGUAUGUUAUUAAAUAAAGAUGUGAUACACACUGCAAUAAUGGUAGUAAAAGACAUCAAUAAAAAUCCUAAACCAUUUGAUCUGAUUAUUUUGCUGUUAAUAUCUGCUGGAACAAUAAGGCAAAAGAAUGCAGAAUCAUUAUGGAAACAGAAUGUAAGAUGUGGUUUUUACAGGACAAGUCUACUUCUAAUACUUUAUAAUGAUUACAAAGAGGUUGUUCAAGAAUUGCACUUAUCAGCACUACAAUUAGCUGGUAAAUUGAUGAAAUCUGAAGAACAUGUGUUUGUUAAUUUUGCAAUAGAAUGGUUUCGUCUGCAGUUUCUCAAUCAGAAAGACAUGUUAUUUAAACAGCGUGAGAUUAUUGAAAAGAUUAUUCUUCUCAUGGGUAAUAAUGAUCAAACUGUAAAACAUGCAUUGAUUGUACUUUGUAAAAUGGCAGAAAAUACCAUUGAAAGAAAUUGUUUAGUGUUGCAAUGUAAUCAUUUAAGAAUUUUACUUGAAAAAAUAGAUCGCUUUGGACUCCCAGAAAUUGGCACUUUAAAUGAUUUAUUACACAGCUUAUGUUUAGUUGAUGAUUCUACUUCAGAAUCUUUACGAGAUGAUUUGUUUAUACUAUUGCAAAAACAACUAUCUGCUGCUAAACCUGUCACAAAAUGCAAAGGUGUUAUGGGAGCAGUGAUGGCGAUAAAACAUCUAGCAGGGAAAGCUGAAACUUGUGAUCAAGCUAUGAAAUUAUUUAAUAAAGUGAUGAAGUGUGUAAGAAGUUGUUCUAAAUCGCAACCCUUAUUUUAUGAUCAAUUGGCCCAAAUAAUAGCACAAACUGAGUUUAUUAAUACAAACUUUGUUAAAAAAAUUAGCAAUUCUAUUGAAGAUGAAUUUGUUAAUAUAUAUAUGACUGAUAAACUACAAUCCAGUGAACAUUUAGUUCCAAAAUUUGGUCUGAAUAAUGUAGAAGAGGAGCCACAAAACUGUAUGUUAAUUUUUGGAAAUAAAAGAAGUGGUCCAAUUGCACCAAUAUUGUUUCGGCUUCUUAAGACAUGUUACGUGAAGCUUAAUGUACAUGGAGAAUUGGAAGCUAUAGAUGCCCUUUUAGGAUGUGGAAUAUUAAUGCCACAAAAUUUUGAUAUACCGGAACCUUCAGUAUUGGAUCUUCUCAUAUGUUGUAUCAAUUGGUUUAGAGAGAUAAUCACUGGUUUCGUCACACAAAAAGAUCCCUUACUGCGAAAACAAGUAUUGGAACGUUUAGACACAUUGAUGUAUUUACAAUGUGAAAUGGAUACAUUGCUAACAUUAUGUGAUACUAAGUAUCAACCACCACCAUGUUACUUUCAUUAUUUUCCAUUACCUCUAUUUAUAAAAACUGAAAAAAAAUAUAAUAAGAAAGGAAAGAAAUUGAAGGAAAAUAAAUCAAAUACUUCUGUAACUGUAGAAAAUGAUCUUUGGGAAACAGGUUCCACAUUAUGUCAUAAAAAUCCAGCGUAUUUUAGACAAUUUGAUGCAAAGAUAGCCCAUUUGUUGGAUAUUAAAAUAGAUGUGCCAUCGUCACAACAUAUCGUACAAACCAUAUCAAUAAAGCAAGUCUGUUUUCUCGUAAGAGAACUUUUGGCUAUCUUUGAGAAUGAACCCACUGAAUCUUUUGUGAAAGAAUUAAUACAUUUAUUACCAAAAGUUUGCUCGAAACUCGAAGAUAUUGUUGCAAGAUUAAGACAAGAUAAUAAUUACAGUUUCAGAGAAGGAGCAAGAUUACUAUUAUGUCUUCUCACUACAAUUUUUAAUUGGAAAGGAUUUGUUAGUGUAACAUAUAAUACAUUGUUACGCGAAGGAUUACGAACUUUAGCUGGACGAGUUAAUGAAGAAAACAUACACUUACGUUCUUGUAAAGAACUUGUUGCAGAAUCAUAUAAAUAUUUCGAAUCAUUAUCUGAUAUUGCUACCGAAAUAUCAUUAGCUACUGCUCUUGUUAACAUGUGUCAAUCAUUAAUGAAACAUUCUGAAUCUUACGUUCAACAAUAUAAAGACAAACAUGCAAAAUUGGCAUAUGGAUUUCUUUGUCUGGAAUGGCCUGAAAGUAAUAUUGCUUCUCAAUACAAAUUAUCUGUUAUUCAGUUAUUGGAUAAUUGGAUAGAUAAUGAACCAUCACCUUUACAUACAAUAACAUUAAUUUUGGAAUGGUUACCAAAAGAAGUUUCUAAUUUUGAAAACGUGCAGAAUACUUUAACAAUGAUGCCUUCUAUAAAUAAAAAUAUUUUUCAUUUAUUAUAUAAAAGAUUAUUUACUGGCUUAAUUAAAGGCAUCAAUAUAUCAUUGUCAACAGCCAACUCAGAUCCAAAAAGAAUAAAGGUUUGGUUUACUAUUGCUUCAAGUGUGCAAAAGCUAGUGCACAUUUGCAAAACUUUGAAGACAAAGGCUAAUAUACAAUUGUUCCUCCGAUAUAUGCCCCAAUUAAUAAGACAAUUUUUAAAUCUUGGAAUGCCAGUACUCGAACACAAUUUGAAAUAUCAAACAAAUUAUGUAACUAGUAUACUGAAAAUGAUGCAAGGUGGAACACGAUACUUACAUGCUGUAUGUUGCGAUUGCAUAGAAAAGAAGGAUUUAAUACUAACUAAGUAUGUCCCUGUGGCAAAAUCUAUACUAGAGAAAUUAAUAUACAGUGUUAAAGGGAUGCUGGUUCUCAACGACAGCGUAGCAGCAUUUUGGAUGGGCAAUCUUGUUAACAAGAAUUUAGAUGGGCGUGAAAUUCUAUCACAAACAUCAUCAGAAGAAACCAUUGUACCAGACAUAAAUAUUAUUUCGGAAGAAUUAACAAAUGCGUCUUCUGAAAUUAUAGAUUCUGAUUUAGACGAAGAUCCAACAGAAAAUGUUGAGAAUGAAAACACAGAUAUUGAUGAUGUAUAGUUAUAUAAAGGCACUUUGUUGGCAGUUUAUUGGCAGUUUAUUGGGAUCUAUUUAUCAUAUGUACUAUCGCUGGAAAAAUGGAAGAAUACGGAUUAAGAGUAUGGUUCUCGUUUGACACUUUAGGAAAGUCGAAACGUUUUCUUUAUUUUCUUAUACAUUAUUUACUGAUAACUCAUUAUGUGACUUGAAUAUCUUAUAAUGGAAUCUACUUUAAGGAUGUAAAUUGAUUAAUCAAUAAAUAGUUACUCUUCAACAGAA